AAAAUGGAUCAGGUAGAAAGUCGUGUGUCUCAAGCUGUAAACGAUCUCAUCGUCAAGCUAGAGCUUGAGCACGUUAGGCCACUUCAAAGAAAGGCGUUCUUAUGUAGUGCGCGUUGCUGCGAAAGCCAUUCAAGCCGCGAGAGCGUCCAACGCUGCCUCGAACAAUGUGCCUCUCCUGUCACUCACUCGCAGAAGCAUAUCAACGACGAGAUGCAGCGUUUUCAGGAGAGACUUCAACGCUGCGUUUUGACGUGUCACGACAAAUGUUUAGACAAAGAGAACGAGAAAGGCAGAGGAGAGUUUGAACGUUGUGUAGUGACUUGUGGUGAAGAACAUGUUAGUCUAUUGCCAUCAAUGUUUAAGAGAAUGGCGGAAAACGUACGAAAACUUGAAGGAAAUUAAUGCAAUAAAACUAGUUAUGAAUUACUCAAAGUGUGUGCUAGUUCAACCGCGA